GCGUGGGGCCGCCGAGGCGCGCUUAGGGUUCGGGGCGGCCGCCACCGCCGCGCCUGGGAGAUGUGCCCGGAGGAGGGCGGCGCGGCCGGGCUGGGCGAGCUCCGCUCCUGGUGGGAAGUCCCGGCCAUCGCACACUUCUGCUCGCUCUUUCGCACCGCGUUCCGCCUGCCCGACUUUGAGAUCGAGGAGUUAGAAGCAGCUCUUCACAGAGAUGAUGUAGAGUUUAUCAGUGACCUGAUCGCCUGCCUGCUUCAGGGCUGCUAUCAACGAAGGGAUAUCACGCCUCAGACAUUCCACAGCUACCUAGAGGACAUCAUCAACUACCGCUGGGAGCUUGAAGAAGGGAAGCCCAACCCUCUGAGAGAAGCCAGUUUCCAAGACCUGCCCCUUCGCACUCGUGUGGAAAUCCUGCACCGCCUUUGUGAUUAUCGGCUAGAUGCAGACGAUGUUUUCGAUCUUCUCAAGGGUUUGGAUGCAGACAGUCUCCGCGUGGAACCAUUGGGUGAAGACAAUUCUGGGGCACUCUAUUGGUAUUUCUAUGGAACACGAAUGUAUAAGGAGGACCCAGUGCAAGGAAAAUCCAAUGGAGAACUCUCGUUGAGCAGGGAGAGUGAAGGACAAAAAAAUGUCUCCGCUGUUCCUGGGAAAACAGGAAAAAGAAGAGGAAGACCCCCAAAACGGAAGAAAGUACAGGAGGAGAUUAUAGUGAGUGAAAAGCAGGAAGAAAACUCCUUGGCAUCUGAACCACAGACAAGAAAUGAGUCCCAAGGGCCAGGUCAAGGCACUUGGUGGCUCCUGUGCCAAACAGAAGAAGAAUGGAGACAGGUCACUGAGAGUUUUCGGGAGAGGACCUCCCUUCGAGAACGGCAGCUCUAUAAGCUCCUCAGUGAGGACUUCCUGCCCGAGAUCUGCAACAUGAUUGCCCAGAAGGGAAAGCGUCCACAGCGCACAAAGGCAGAGUUGCAACCUAGGUGGAUGUCUGACCACCUGUCCGUCAAAUCCAUCAAGCGAGAGGAGACCCCUGUGCUUACCCGAAUAGAAAAACAGAAGCGCAAAGAGGAGGAGGAAGAACGUCAAAUUCUUCUAGCAGUGCAGAAGAAGGAGCAGGAGCAGAUGUUAAAGGAAGAGAGGAAACGAGAGCUGGAGGAAAAGGUCAAGGCAGUGGAAGAUCGAGCAAAGAGGAGAAAGCUCAGGGAAGAAAGGGCAUGGCUGCUGGCCCAAGGAAAGGAGCUCCCCCCAGAACUUUCCCAUCUGGACCCUAGCUCCCCCAUGAGAGAAGAAAAAAAGACUAAAGACCUCUUUGAGUUGGAUGAUGAUUUCACUGCCAUGUAUAAAGUUCUAGAUGUGGUAAAGGCUCACAAGGAUUCCUGGCCCUUUUUAGAACCUGUGGAUGAAUCGUAUGCCCCAAACUAUUACCAGAUUAUUAAGGUCCCCAUGGAUAUCUCAAGCAUGGAGAAGAAACUGAAUGGAGGUUUAUACUGUACCAAGGAGGAAUUUGUAAAUGACAUGAAGACUAUGUUUAGGAAUUGUCGAAAAUAUAAUGGGGAAAGUAGUGAGUAUACCAAGAUGUCUGAUAAUUUAGAGAGGUGUUUCCAUCGAGCAAUGAUGAAGCAUUUUCCUGGUGAAGAUGGAGACACAGAUGAAGAAUUUUGGAUCAGAGAGGAUGAAAAGCGAGAGAAGAGACGGAGCCGGGCUGGGCGAAGCGGUGGAAGCCAUGUUUGGACCCGCUCCAGGGACUCUGAAGGGCCCAGCAAGAAACAGCAACUGGUGGAGAAUGGAGGGAAGUCAUUGCCGCCUGCCCGCCGAGCUUCCUCUUCUGGGGAUAAUCAAAGCAGCAGUUCCACACAACUCCCUCGGGAGGUGGGCACCUCAAAUGGCCGAGGCUUUUCUCGUCCCCUACAUUAUGGUGGGAUGCCCAGCCAGGCACCCCUUUUAAACCAGAUGAGGCCAGCAGUACCAGGAACAUUUGUCCCUCUUCGAGGAUCAGAUCCUGCCAAUUUAUAUGUCUCCUCUAGGGUCCCAGAACCACACCCUGGAGAACCUGUACAGCAGCCUCAGCCUUUUGCCAUGCAGCCUCCAGUUGGAAUUAACAACCACCGAGGACCCAGGCUAGGCACUCCAGAAGAGAAGCAAGUGUGUGGGGGGCUGACACACCUUAGUAACAUGGGAUCACAUCCUGGAUCCUUGCAGCUUAGGCAUAUGGGUGGCCCUAGUCAGGAUGGAAAUAUUUAUCCCCCAACUCAAUUCCAGUCAGGAUUUAUUCCUCCCAGGCAUGGUGGGGCUCCAGCCCGACCCCCAGACUUUCCUGAAAGCUCAGAAAUUCCUCCCAGCCACAUGUACCGAUCAUACAAGUACAUGAAUCGAGUACACACUGCUGUCUGGAAUGGGAACCAUGGUGCUACAAACCCAGGACCCUUGGGCACAGAUGAGAAGCCCCCCAUGGGGCCAGGACCCUCUCACCAGCCUCGCACUCUUGGUCAUAUGAUGGAUUCCCGAGUGAUGAGACCUCCUCUCCCCCCAAACCAGUGGACUGAACAAUCAAGCUUUCUACCUCAUGGAGUUGCUUCUUCAGGGUAUAUGCGAGCACCCUGUAAAUCUGGUGGACAUCGGUUACAGCCACCUCCGGCCCCAACGCCAAGUUCUCUUUUUGGAGCACCCUCCCAGGCUCUGCGGGGGGUGCAAGGAGGGGACUCCAUGAUGGACAGCCCAGAGAUGAUUGCCAUGCAGCAGCUUUCUUCCCGAGUUUGCCCACCAGGUGUGCCUUACCACCCCCGACAGCCUACACCCCACCAUUUACCUGGCCCUUUUCCACAGGUAGCUCACUCGGCAUCAGUAAGUGUGUCAGCCCCCAAGCCUACCUUGGGGAACCCUGGGAGGACACAGGAUAACAGUGAAACACAAGAGCCUGAGAACGACCGAGCGGAUCCCUUGCCUGGGCUUGAGGAGAAACCACCAAACAUUGGUGCUUCAGAGGGGGUGUACCUCAAACAGCUACCUCACCCUACACCUCCAUUGCAGACCGACUGUACCAGGCAGAGCUCACCACAAGAAAGAGAAACAGAGGGCCCAGAGCUCAAAAGCGACUCCUCAGAAUCUGGAGACAACUGUAAAGCAACAAAGAGCAAAAAUACCUGGCCCCUGGAGAGCAACUAUACCAGCCCAGCCACCCAAGGUUGUAUGCGAGACCUCUCCACUCUGGCAGAUAGAGGGGCUCUACCGGAAAAUGGAGUAAUUGUUGAAGCAUCCCCUUGUGGAUCAGAGGGGAAGGGCCUUGGUGGUAGUGGUUCAGAAAAGCCACUCUGCCCCAGAGGCAAAACGCUACAGGAAGCCAUGCCGUGUACAAGACAGAACCCAGCUACACCUCCCAACGCGGACCCCAAUCUGAUGGGAGGCACUGUAAGCCAGUUUUCCCCCUUGUACAUGCCUGGGCUGGAAUACCCAAAUUCAGCUACGCAUUACCACAUCAGUCCAGGCCUGCAAGGUUUGGGCCCUGUGAUGGGAAGUAAACCCUCAGUAUCCCAUCCUCAGCAUUUCCCCCCUAGGGGCUUUCAAUCUAACAACCCUCAUUCUGGAGUCUUUCCCCGGUAUCGCCCCCACCAAGGAAUGAGGUAUUCCUACCAGUCACCACCUCAGCCUUCAUAUCAUCACUAUCAGCGAACUCCUUAUUAUCCAUGUCCACAGGGCUUUUCUGACUGGCAGAGACAUCUUCAUCCCCCGGGAAGCCCAAGUGGGCUCCCACAAUCCCCCCCCCCCCCACCAAGGCCCCUCUUCUCAGAUAAGAGCACCUUGGCUAAUCUGCAAGGCUGUGAGACACUGAAUGCUGCCUUAAGUUCCCCAACCCAAGUGGAUGCGGUGGCUGCUAAAGUCGUCUCAGCUGAUGGACAGAAUCCUGGUCCAGAGGAAGAAAAGCUGGAUGAAUCUAUGGAGAGGCCAGAGAGUCCCAAAGAAUUUUUAGACCUGGACAACCAUAAUGCAGCUACCAAGCGGCAGAGCUCAUUGUCAGCCAGCGAGUAUCUUUAUGGAACUCCUCCUCCACCUCUGAGUUCAGGGAUGGGAUUUGGUUCAUCUACUUUCCAGCCCCAUGGUGUGAUGCUACAGACAGGGCCUCCUUACACACCUCAGCGGCCAACCAGUCAUUUCCAGCCCAGGGCCUACUCUUCCCCCGUGGCUGCUCACCCACCUCACCAUCCAGUGGCUGCCCAGCCCAACGGCCUCUCUCAGGAGGGCCCCAUUUAUCGUUGCCAAGAAGAGGGCCUGGGUCACUUUCAGGCUGUAAUGAUGGAACAAAUUGGUACUGGAAGUGGAAUAAGGGGACCUUUCCAGGAAAUGUACAGACCAUUAGGGAUGCAAAUGCAUCCAGUCCAGUCACAGUCCUCGUUCCCAAAGACCCCAGCACCAGCAGCAUCCCGGGAAGAGCUGCCACCACAUAAGCCCCCAACACUUCCUCUUGAUCAGAGCUAGUCCAAGGAGGAAAUAAACCCCAAGGAAACAGAAAGCUGCACAUGAAGACUGGAACAUGGAAAAUUUAGGGAAGCGAUCCCUGCCCACCUCUAUUCCUGUUAGCCUGCCACACCCCUUCACAGUGCAUCCCAU